CUGUCACUCAACUGUCACAUCUGACACAUGCAAAAAACAGUCUUUAAUAACAAUUAUGAGUUCAGGAUUUAUUACUGAAUCUGAAGCAGUAGACGUAAGAAAAAGAAGACAAGAAGAAUGGGAACGUGUAAGAAAAGCGGAAGAUCCUUUGGAGCGUCCAGAGGAAGCUUAUGAUAAUCGUAGUUUAUUUGAAAAAUUGCAAGAACAGAAGCAAAAGAAAGAUUUGGAAUAUGAAGAAGCCCAUAAGCUCAAGAAUAUGAUAAAAGGCUUAGAUGACGACGAAAUAGAAUUUCUUGAUCUAGUUGACAGGACCAAAUUGGCAGCCGACCGUAAAAAAGAAUUGGAAGAAGAAAAAGAACUGAAUGACUACAGAAACCGUGUAGCAAUUUUGCAGGAGAAAUCCAUUGAUGAGAGACUACAAGCUGAAAUUAUAGUUAAUAAACCCAAAGUGCUUUUGAACAACAGAACUUCCCAACAAAAAUUAUUGAAGGGAGCUGUCAUUAAAAAACGAAAAAUGAGUGACGAAACUGAAGCCAACGAAGCCAAACAAGUCAAGACUGAGGUUGUAAAUGAAAAAGGCGAUGCUAAAAAAGCUGUAGCUGACAAACCUGAAGUAUAUGCACCAUCUGCAUUAAAACCGGUCGCUAUUUUGCCUGGGUUGGGGCAUUAUGAGGAUUCCACAAGCGGGGACGAGGAUAACAGUUCAGAUUCCGAUGUGGAACCAAAAAAAAAUGUAGAUUUUUUAGGCAGGAAUGUUUGUAAGGUUAAUAAGGCAGCUAAUUCUUAAUACAUUGAGUGUCAGAUAAAUUAUCAAGCAAAUAGAUUAUUUGUUUACAUUUUAUAUUCAAACU